UUUUGAGCUCUGACCGAGAAGAGCGGGUGACAUGACCAGAGUUCAUGAUUAGCGCAACAUUUCUCAGAACCUACUUUAUCAUUGCAUUUUAAUUUUCCCGGGUUCCCAAUCUUUUGAACACAGGAAUAGCCUUAAUUCAAGAUUCAUAUCUGUUUGACACUUUACAGGCUCUGUAACUUGGCUUUCUUGCUGGGAUCGGUGCAUAGACGGUAGGCCUUAUAGCUGAUUAAAGGAUGGAUUCUGAAUCUGCUGGACCUCAUUGCAAAGUUUCUAAUAAUGAUUCCCCCGCCAAAGAUUCUAAUACUGAUUCCCCAGCCAAAACUUCCAAUGGCGAUCCUUCUGCAAAUACUGCCACUAGGCAUGAUGGUAAAGAUAGUGAAUCACCUGCUUCAGGCAUACAAUCCCAAGCUAGCAGUUUGAAACUGCCACAGCCAACAGCACCUACAACAGAUUCCCAGACUGGAGCUUUUGGGAUUUCUAAAUUUGCUCGUCUCACUAGUGGCCUAGGAUUGAAUUUUCCUUCCAUGACUCCAGGAGCGAAUGAGAGGUCUCAAGGUAGCCCGGCAUCUGAACAAGCUGGUGUUCUUGAAUCUUUCACUAAAGGCCUGGUUGAUUCAUCUCGAAGUGCUGUGAAGGCUAUGCAGGCCAAGGCACGUCAAGCUGUAUCUCAAAAUAAACGUAGAUAUCAGGAGGGAGGGUUUGAUUUGGACAUGGCUUAUAUCACUGAAAAUAUAAUUGCUAUGGGUUUCCCUGCUGGUGAUUUAAGCUCUGGGCUUUUUGGGUUCUUUGAGGGGUUCUAUCGAAAUCACAUGGAAGAAGUGAUCAAUUUCUUUGAGACUAAUCAUAAGGGAAAAUACAAAGUGUACAAUCUUUGUUCGGAGAGAUUAUAUGAUGCUUCAAGAUUCGAGGGGAAGGUAGCGUGCUUCCCAUUUGAUGACCAUAACUGUCCACCUCUUCAGCUGAUAGCAUUAUUUUGUAAAAGUGCAUAUUCAUGGUUGAAAGAGGACAUAGAAAAUGUGGUGGUAGUACACUGUAAAGCUGGUAUGGGCAGAACUGGCAUAAUGAUAAGUAGUCUACUUUUGUUCCUGAAGUUCUUCCCAACGGCCGAUGAAGCUAUCGAUUACUUCAACAGGAAAAGAUGUCUGGAUGGGAAGGCUCUAGUUCUCCCAAGUCAGAUUAGGUAUGUCAAAUACUUUGAACGUACAUUAACAUACUUCAAUGGAGAAAAUCAACCUGGACGAAGGUGCAUGCUUAGGGGAUUUCGGCUUCACAAAUGCCCUUAUUGGAUAAGGCCCUCUAUUACCAUAUCAAAUCAUAGUGGGGUCCUGUUCUCAACAAGAAAGCAUCCAAAAACUAAGGAUUUAAUGCCAGAAGAUUUCUGGAUUAGUUCACCAAAGAAAGCGAUAGUCAUAUUUGCUCUACCAGGAGAACCAGGCCUCACAGAGUUGGUUGGGGACUUCAAAAUACAUUUUCAUGAUCGCCAAGGAGAGUUCUACUGUUGGUUAAAUACAACGAUGACAGAGAAUAGAAAGACACUAAACGCAUCCGACUUUGAUGGGUUUGAAAAGAGAAAACUGCCUUCACCAGGGUUUCAAGUUGAUGUUGUGAUGAUAGAUUAUGAUGGUACCAGUUUGCCAACAAGGUCUAAAGCUGAUUCUGCCACUAGAGGAUCUGAUAAUGCUACAAGCACAGAUUAUAGUCUGAAACCAAGUGGUGGAGCUGCAACUAGUUCCAAAAGAGUCUCCGAAAAUGAAGAUGACGUAUUCUCAGAUAGUGAGGGAGAAGAAACCGAUUCUUCGAAAAGUAGGCAGGCUACUAGCCCUGGAGUUGGAUCCACUCAAUCUAGUCACACAUCUAAUAUCACAACAGAGCAAAUGAGGAGCUUAACACAUGGAACUGAGCAAAUGUCACUCGGGAGUCGAGAACCUUCCCUUAUUAAUGCUUCAGCAGGGCCAACUACUGACAAGAAUGAGAAACCUUCCUCAGGCUUUGAGACUAGAGACCUGGAUUCUGUAGUGGUGAGUGACUUUAGGGCAAUUGCUGCUGAUGCUUCAGUUUUCAGUUUUGGAGAUGAAGAAGAUUAUGAAAGCGACUGAAGUUUAUUGCAGCUCAAGUGUGUGAGAGAGAUGCACAGAUGAGUUUUUCAGAAGAAAAUGAAAAGAUUUGGGGCAAUUUGGAGAUUGGAAGUUCAUUCAAUUCAUUCAUACCUUUCAUUCAUUCUUGUCAUUUUUAGGACAGGAAAAAAGUUGUACCAUUUUCCGAGCAGCUCAUUUCUCUUCGAGCAUAAGUUGCUGAAAUUUCAAACCACAACUUUUGGGGCAUGUUUGGCUCCCGUUAGAAAUGGAACAAAAAUGAGAAUGAAAAUGAAAAUGGAUGUCAUCCUGGGGAUUGAUUAAAUUUGAAGAAUUCUAUUUCAAUUCAAUUUUUUGAGAG